GCAUGGAUGAUGAUGGAGUAAAUACCAAGCACACGAAACUUCCUGAGUCAAAUUCAGCUAAAGAAGCUUCCAAAUUUUCUCUCUCUCUCUCUCCCUCUCUCUAGCUAAAAAGGAUCUAUACCCUCUCUAUCCAGUAGUUGUGGAUUCAGUGCUCCACAGACAUGGGACAAGUUUUAGACAAAAUUCAAGGUAAGGAGUGGAGGCGAAGACAAAUAAGAAAGAUAACAGACAAAGUUUAUGACCAUUUCAAAAACGAUUCAGGAUCAGCUCAUUUGACAUUUGCAGAUCUGUACAUUGCUGUGCUGCUUGUGUACAAUGACAUCAACAAAUGUUUGCCUGGGCCUCAUUUUGAUCCCCCUUCCAAAGAAGAUGUUAGAACCAUGAUCAAGGAUUAUGAUUACAAUCAUGAUGGACGCCUUGACCGUGAAGAAUUUGCAAAAUUUAUUCAACAGCUGACAGCAGAUACAAUCAUCACUGUUAGUCAGGGACUGAUCAUUACGUUGGCUGUAGCUCCAACAGUUGCAAUAUUGACAAAGAGGGCAACGGAGGGUGUCCCGGGUGUUGGCAAGGUGGUUCAGAGGUUACCCAAUUCGGUUUAUGCAUCCAUCGUGACCCUUGCAGUCGUGGUGGUCCAAAAAUCAGGCAAUCUAAUUGAAUGAACCCUUUACCCUUUUCUCUCCUUGCACAUGAAUCGCUCCACAUUGUGUUUAAUCAACAAACAGUGUCUGCAUGUUAUAUUGCUAUCAUAAUUAAGAAUGCCGACUGAUUAUGUGCUACAAAUUGUGAAUAAAUGUGGAAUUUGUUUGCAAGGAGAUAAAUUUAGCUUCUGGGUGCAUGUCUUUUUUGUUGGAUUUGCUAAAAAUAAUUUCCUCUGAGGAGCCUCUAAUCGAAUGUAUGAGGAACAUUUGGGGCCUGCCUUGUGUAUUUGUGUUCACUAAACAGUAAGAAAGCUUGUUUAUGUAUUUGUAUAUUUGAUUUGAGAGUGCCA